AUGCUGUUGUGUGGCUUGUUGUUCCUCCUGCCGCUAUUCCUGCAGAAUGCUGCCGCACUGCAGCGGGAUGAGGAUCUGAUGUCCUUUGUGACGCUUCCCCAUAUCAGAGCCUUGAAAUUCGACGUCCACUAUCAGGAUCGCGACCGUGUGAGCCCGGGCUAUUGGUUCGUGGCGCCUUACGGACAAGUCGACCCCGAGGCACCGAGCCACCGCUUCCAACAGUAUCAGAUCGGUCCGUACAUCUACGAUGGCGAUGGGGGCCUCGUCUGGGCCGGUUCGUUCAUGUUCGACAAUCGCAACGUGUUCGACUUCAAGGCCGUCCAUAGCAUCGGCAGGGAGCCGCACCUGUCGCUGGUGUGGCAAAGCUCGUGGGAUGGAAUCGACUCUGGCCACGGGGUGAUCCUGAAGAACAACUACGAGAUCACAAAUCAGCUACCCUUUCGACCGGAGUUGGGUGCCUUUGAUAUCCACGAAUUCAACAUCCUCAACGACGGAAAAUCGGGGCUGGCGAUAACGUACCGCGAACGCGAGACUGGCAUGGAGGAUCUAGCACGACCCGACGAGCGGACGGCGAUCCUCAGUGGCGGAUUCGUGGAGCUGGACAUCAACACGGCGGAGACCACUUUUGAAUGGGACUCGUUUCAGAAUGUCCCGCUGUCGGAGUCGAAUCGCUACGGAUUUAACUCAAAGCCAGAGGGACGCCCGGGCUGGGACUACGUGCAUGCCAACGCGGUCGACAAGAAUGAAGACGGCGAUUUUAUCGUAUCCUUCCGUUUCACCAACACCAUCUACAUGAUCUCCGGGAAGGACGGCGUCAUCAUGUGGCGCCUAGGAGGCUCACGCAGCGAUUUCGUGCAGGACUUCACCUUCUCUAAGCAGCACGACGCCAAAUUCGUCAAGUCUAACGGAACCCACCACACCAUUUCCUUCCUGAACAACGCCUCCGAUGAGCUCACCAACGACGAGGCCGUCUCCAGCGCGUUGAUCGUGGAACUGGACACGGCCGCGGUACCCAAGACCGCAAAGGUCUUGCGUCGCUACAACCGGCCCGAUGGAGGUCUGACGCGGCUGCGCGGCAACGCCCAGCUGCUUCCCAACGAUAAUAUGUUUAUCGGCUGGAGCGAGCGGGGCUACAUUUCCGAGCACGCGCCAGACAGCAAGGUCCUGCUAACCGCCAUGUUCAAUUCGACGCGCUUCUCGACCUAUCGCGCCUACAAAUUCGAGUUCACCGGCCGGCCCAGCAGCCCGCCAGAUCUGGUCGUCUCCGUCGCGGGCACAGAUGAGUCGCAUAUGCUGACGACCUUCUAUGUCAGCUGGAACGGGGCCACCGACAUCGCGGGCUGGAACUUCUAUGCCCGGACAGCGGAGCAUGCGCCUCCGGUUUUCGUCGGAAAUACUACCAAGUCUGAUUUCGAGACCAUGUACGUUGCCCCAGGAUACCUGGACUGGGUCUCCGCCGAGGCUUUUGACCACCAUGGCAUGGUGCUGGGCACGUCGCAGGUCCACCGCAGCCGUGUGCCCAGUAAUUGGGCCGCGACCGGGUUCAAGGGCGAGGUGGCGGAGCUUAAGCCCCAGGAUCCGACCGUUGUCGUCUCUGCGACAGUCGAUGACAGUGAUGAUACCGCCCCGGCGGCGGGUGUGGGCAACAGCACCGCCAGCGGCGAUGCCAAACUCGACAGCAGCGUCAGUAGUAACAGCGGUAUGGUCGCCGUCGACGCGACCGCGGCGGAGGCGCUCCGGACCGCGCAGGACACGUACGAACUGGUCCGGGACAUCGGCGCGCUGAUCAGCUUCGUUGUCAUCGUGUGUGUCAUUGCUGGUAUCGUGGCUGGGAUUUACACAUUGGUGCGUCGUCGGAAGAGAACGAUGUACCAGCAUAUCCCGACGGAGGAGGGACUGCCCGAGGAGCAGAUCCGGCGUCGGUCGACGCAUGAAUGA